UGCUUCCAUCCUAUCUCCAUUUCCUCUCCUUGUAUAUGUGUUGAGUGUGUAUAUAUAUAUAUGAGUGGUGUAGGAGGCUCAACAGUUCAUCAAACCACAACCCCAGUUCUUGCCAUACUUCACACCAAAAGCUUUGUAAAUUCAAAAAUGGCAGCAAGGACAUUGUCGACGAGGAGCUUGAAGCUUCGAUCGUGGCAACGGUGUUCGAAGCAGAUUAGGGAGCAGAGGGCAAGGUUAUAUAUUAUCUGGAGGUGCACUGUCUUACUUGUGUGUUGGCAUGACUAACCAUAUCUUGCAAUGGAGAGUUGUCAAGUCUUGGACAUAGAAGCUGCAAUGCUUUGAGGAUUCUCCAGUCAAAACAGUUUCGAGUUGAGAAAUAGAGAAGUUGAGGAGUCUGGACUCUGCAAAUCUCCAGCUAGAGUUCAUGUGUAAAUUCUAUAUACAUACAAGCAUGAUAGAUACAGUGUGAUGAUAUAACAACUUUCAGCACAAUUUCACAA